AUGAAUCCGUAUCAGAGCAAAGGAACCUGUUGUGGAAAGAUGAAGCGCAAAUGUAAGUGCAAACGAUCAGCCACAAAAAUCACUGUCAAGCAAGAAGUUGUGGUCAAAGAAGAACCCUCGGAUGGUGGCGAAUUGCUUCAUUAUCCGGUACCACCAUCGCCAGUUGAAGCAAACGCCUCAAUCAAAUCAGAGAGCGAAAGUGACAGCGAAAUCGAUUCGGUGAAGAAGGAAAUUAAGUGUGAAGAUGAAUGUUUGACCAAAAAAGACGAUGAGGCACAAGUUGGAUGCUUAAAAGGCGUAGCAGAUAAGGACGAAUCAUUUGGUGGGAACGGAAGCGGACCAAGACCAAAAUUGAACAGCAAAGGAACAAAUCGGAAACAAAAGGAUGAUGGCAAGAUGAAAAACGGCUCAAAAAAAGAUCGCAAAGGGAAAGUAUUGAAGAAACAAAUGGCAAGUGCACAGAAGAAACACAAAUGUCAUUUGUGCAAAUAUGCCUCAUCAAACAAAUCUCAUUUAACAGAUCACAUUCGAGCCCACACUGGCGAAAAGCCAUUUGAAUGCAAUCUUAAGAAACAUUUGGCUACACAUGCCAAACAACGUCCGUUGCGUUGUGCCAAAUGCUAUCGACCAUUUGCCCAAGACGGUGACAAGAAAGCUCACGAAGAACAGUGCAAUCGUCGCUUAAAUCAUUGCUACUUGUGUAAAGAAGCAAAGCAAGAUUCACAGAAAUUAAAGCGGCACAUGCGAAGCUAUCAUACUGGGGAAAGACCAUACCCAUGUGAAGUAUGCGGUGCACGUUUCUUAAUGCAAGCAGAUAUCAAAAAACACACGAAGACCGUUCAUCGUAAGACAGACCAACCGAAUUUUAAAUCGAAAGAAUUUAAACAACAUUAA